AUGACUGAAAACAACAAACCCCCAGAAGAUGAAUUGUCACCAUCUCUCAUCACCUUAAUUUUCACAAUUAUAAGCAUUGAAUGCAUCAUUGGUAUCAUUGCAAAUGGGUUCAUCAUGGCUAUCAAUGCAGUUGUGUGGGUUCAGAAGAAAUCAGUAUCCACAAGUGGCAGAAUCCUGUUUUUCCUGAGUGUAUCCAGAAUAGCUCUCCAAAGUUUUGUGAUGCUAGAAAUUACCUUCAGCUCAACAUCCCCACAUUUUUAUAAUGAAGAUGUCGCAUAUGAUGCAUUGAAAGUAAGUUUCAUGUUUCUACAUUAUUGUAGCCUCUGGUUUGCUGCCUGGCUCAGCUUCUUCUAUUUUGUGAAGAUUGCGAAUUUCUCCUACCCUCUCUUCCUCAAACUGAAGUGGAGAAUUUCUGGAAUGAUGCCCUCACUUCUGUGGCUAUCUGUGCUUAUUUCCUUCGGCAACAGCAUGCUUUUCUGCAAGGAUGUCUACACAGUGUCUAGUAACAAUUCUUUUUCUACCCUCUUCUCCAACUCCACUAAGAAGAAAUACUUUGCUGAAACCAAUGUACUCAAUCUGGCUUUUUUCUACAACCUGGGGAUCCUCAUUCCUCUGAUCAUGUUCAUCCUGGCAGCCUCCCUGCUGAUCCUCUCUCUCAAGAGGCACACCCUGCAUAUGAAGAGCAGUGCCACUAGCUCCAGGGACCCCAGCAUGGAGGCUCACAUGGGGGCCAUCAAGGCUACCAGCUACUUUCUUGUUCUCUACAUUUUCAAUGCAGUUGCCCUAUUUGUCUAUAUGUCCAACAUCGUUGAUGUCAGUAGUUCCUGGAAUAUUUUGUGCCAAGUCAUCAUGGCUGCCUACCCAGCUGCCCACUCAAUUCUAUUGAUUCAGGACAACCCUGGGUUGAGAAGAGCCUGGAAGCGGCUUCGGCCUCCAGUUCACCUUUAUCCAAGACAGUAG